AUGUCCCUCAUCCCGUGGUUCCGGUGGAAUGACACCCCGCCCCGGCUGUCAGCCCGGGGCCCAGCUGAGAUGGUGCUGGAGACACUUAUGAUGGAGCUGUCUGGGCAGAUGCGCGAGGUGGAGAGGCAGCAGAGGGAGCGUCGCAAUGCAGUCAGGAAGAUCUGCACCGGAGUUGACUACAGCUGGCUGGCCAGUGCGCCCAGGCCCACCUAUGACCUCAGCCCUGGUGAACGGCUGCAGCUGGAGGAUGUAUGUGCCAAGAUCCACCCAUCCUACUGUGGGCCUGCCAUCCUCAGGUUCCGACAGCUGCUGGCUGAGAGGGAGCCCGAGGUACAGGAGGUGGCGCGGCUCUUCCGCUCCGUGCUGCAGGAGGCCCUGGAGAAGUCGAAGCAGGAGGAGGAAGCCCAUAAACUGACGCGUCAGUGGAGUUUGAGGCCUCGCGGCAGCCUGUCCUCCUCCUUUAAAAGCCGUGCACGCAUCGCCCCCUUCGCCAGUGACAUCAGGACUAUCUCGGAGGACGUGGAGCGCGAUGCGCCACCCCCGCCACGUACCUGGAGCAUGCCGGAGUUCAGGGCGCCCCAGGCCAACUGA